UUUAUCAGUUGUGUGGACUUUUUUGGGAAUUAAGUGUCCAUUAAAGAAAAAUUAGUGACUAACCUCGCUGAAAUGCCUAGAUCUAUGCUUCUACCUAAUUUUUCUUUAAAAAAACAAAAAAAGAUGAGUGGAAGACAUCACAUCUGUGACUCGUCAGCAUAUUUAAGCAUCAGUAAUACUGCAUUAAGGACGUUAAGUUCAAAUUCUCACAACGGGGCUUACUUGUAACUCCCUCUCCCCCAUGCAGUAAAGGAUUAAAAUUCCAUAAUUGAUGUUACCUGCUUCAUAAUACAUCUUGAUAGAGUCAGAAUAUUCUAGCAAGAACCAAAAACUAACAUUAGGGAGUAUUUUUUUAUGGAAAACUUCCUUCAAAAUCCAACAUAUUCGAUAAGAGCAGUGGGAAAUGGGGUCCGCGUUACGAGGGAAUCAGGAGGCUAAAGGUAUGCACGUGAGCGCCCAAGUGUUUAUGUCACAACCUGGUGGAGGCGCCACGCGCUUGUUGCUAAGGGGCCGCCCCUUCCCCGCCUCUCCCCAUCCCCCAUGGCCUUUCCGGGCCCGUGACCUGCGAGACAGGCUGCAGGCAGCGCAGUGCAAUGGGAGAGUUUGCUGGAGGGGGGCGGCGGGAUUCCGGCGCUCCAUGAACCUUGGGUGAGGCCCCGUGCCGGGUCCAUGAGCACUGCGCACGCCUCCCUCCCAACCUCCAUCCCCCCACGGGCCUUGGCCACGGAGGCAGCAGCGGCCGGUCCAGAAGCAGAAGCUUGGCGCAGGACCUCCUUUCAACCAACAAGCGUCAGAGAAAAGGCUGCUCCACCGCGACCGCCGGUCGGGCACUCCUAGGAAGCGUCUACACAAGCGGAGGAGUGGAGGGACGGAGGUGUGCAGCGAAGCCGGGAGUUAAGAGGCAGAGUCGCGGAAAAGGGUGAGCAGUGGCGCGGGGCCAGCUUCGGGGAGAAGCAGGGAGUAGGGCCCCAGGCCGCCACCGCCGCCUCGGCCGCUCCCGCCGCCAUCGCCUUGAUCCCUCAACCCCCGCCAUGGCCGAGGACCUCUCCGCGGCCACGUCCUACACCGAAGAUGAUUUCUACUGCCCUGUCUGUCAGGAGGUGCUCAAAACGCCUGUGCGGACCGCGGCCUGUCAGCACGUUUUCUGUAGAAAAUGUUUCCUGACUGCAAUGAGAGAAAGCGGAAUACAUUGUCCCCUCUGCCGUGGAAAUGUGACUAGAAGAGAAAGAGCAUGUCCUGAACGGGCCUUAGACCUUGAAAAUGUCAUGAGGAAGUUUUCUGGUAGCUGCAGAUGCUGUGCAAAACAGAUUAAAUUCUAUCGUAUGAGACAUCAUUACAAAUCUUGUAAGAAGUAUCAGGAUGAAUAUGGUGUUUCUUCUGUCAUUCCAAACUUUCAGAUCUCUCAAGAUUCAGUAGGGAACAGUAAUAGGAGUGAAACGUCCACAUCUGAUAACACAGAAACUUAUCAAGAGAAUACAAGUUCUGGGCAUCCCACCUUUAAGUGUCCGUUGUGUCAAGAAUCAAAUUUUACCAGACAGCGUUUACUGGAUCAUUGUAACAGCAAUCACCUAUUUCAGAUAGUUCCUGUGACAUGUCCUAUUUGUGUGUCUCUUCCUUGGGGAGAUCCUAGCCAGAUUACUAGAAAUUUCGUUAGUCAUCUAAAUCAAAGACAUCAGUUUGAUUAUGGAGAAUUUGUGGAUCUUCAGCUAGAUGAGGAAACCCAAUAUCAAACUGCUGUUGAAGAGUCUUUCCAAGUAAAUAUCUGAAGUCCAUAAACAUCUUUGCAUCUUUGUACCUGCAAGUGCCAUCUUUAAGGGGAGAACUACAUAAAGUCAUCAUUUCAGUAACUUGAUGUGUAUAUUAAUAAAAGUAAUUCACUCUAUUGUUUUAGUUUUUUAACUGAAAAAUAAAGGUGGGACAUGUAACAACUUCAUUCUCUUGAUAAAUUAAAAAAUGAAAGUUAUAUUAGCUUUAAAAGUAUAAAAAAGAAUUAUAUUUCACCAGUGUAAUGGUGAAAAGGAAACCCCUGUUGUACAUUUAUCUUUUUUGUUACAUAUUCUUGAAUUUUUCAUAAUGUUGCUUUUGAAAUUUGGUAAAGUUUCUAACAUUUACUUUAUUGUAUACUUGUAACACACAGUAGCAAAUUCUGAAAAAUGUGAUUGAUAUAAACCUAACAAAUCUGAGCCAGUUAUCAGAGAUGCAGAGUAGAAACUUGAAGUGUUAAAUGGAACAAUCCAAAGUAAAAUGGAACAAUCCAAAGUAAACUUUUUAUAAAAUUCAUUCUAGCUGAAGAAUUCCACUUUAAGAAAAUUGUAUUUAUAUAACUUUUAGUAUUUUUGAAGACUAGUGAGAUUUCUUUAAUAAAUUUAACUCUUUAAAAAGUGAAAGCUCAUUGUAAAGAUGUUUUCUUUUUGGUAUUAGGUAAUAAAGAGAAAAAUUUAUUUCUUUGGUGGGCAGUUGGUAAUUUCAAUCUUGUUCAUGUGGCCAAUUUCUGAGCCUAAAAUAUAGUAAGCUGGAAGACAGCUCUUUGGCCUCAUAAUUUCUCAAUAGCCACUAUUUCUGAUUAGCUAAGAUUAAACAUUAAAUAUUUUCAGUUGGUGAAAUUAUAUUCUGUAUAUAUUUACAUGAGAGGUUUGACUUCAUUAUUUCUCAGUUUAGAAUUUCAAAGUUAAAGAUGUAUAUGUAUAUAUACAUAUAUGUAUGGAUGUAUACGUACAUAUAUAUAUGCAUGCAGUUUGUCAGGUUAUAUACAGAAUUUCCAUAAAGGAUUUUUAAAAUAGACAAGCAAUAUGAAGUGUUUAUCUGAUUCGAUCAAAAUUUUGUACAUCACCAAAUUUUUAGAAAAAUAGUCAAAUGCUAAGUGGGCUCCUUGGCUGCUAUUACUAACCUUAAUUGUGUUUACGCACGCGCGCGCGCACACACACACAGGCACACAAUACCUGUUAAUGUGGUGCUCAUUUGUUAUUUUCAAAGAUAAGAUAAUGUGUGACCGUGAAGUAGUUGGUUUCUACCAGCCAUUCUCUUUCACUACUGUUUAGUUAAAGCCGGAUUUGUUCGUAACAUUCAUUCAUGAGACUCAUAAACUAUCUUGUACUAGAACGCCCAAAUCCCAGACGAAAGGAUGAAGAGUGGAUUUGCUGACAUUCCAUACUAAUAUACAUUGUUUAGGCUUUCUUUAAAAUAAAUAACUAAAAGAAGGUAAAGGAAAAUCUCAGAAGUAGUGUGCUGCUAAUACAUACAUAUAUUGUAUAAAAAGUGUAUUUUGGUUUUGUUAAAACCCUUUUUGACUUUUCUACGAUGAACAUUUUUAACUUUAUUUAAUAAAAACAUUAAUUUUGGAAGUGGAGUUUUGUAAAAACCUUUUUGGCCAGUCAGUAAUGACUAUUUAUCAAUAGUAAUAACAAUCACCAAAAAAAAAAAACCCCCCAAAACCAUACUUACAGAUGAACAUGCCUUGGAUCUGUCAUUCUAAAGAUUGAUUUUUACUAUGUGCUUGAAUAUUUUCUCUGCAAUUACAUGAGGGUAAUUUUUAAGAAUAGCUGUUUAGUAAACGAUUUUUCAAAGGAGACUUUUGGACCAUAAAUUUUUUUUUCCAGUUUAAAGCAAUAUUUUUAGUUUCUUUCAAAGUUUAAUACUUUCAGUAUGUCAAAUCAAACUAUUUUGGGGUUUGAGAAGUUUCUUAAAGGCAAACUGUGGUAGAAAUUUUCUUGAUGAAUUGUGUUUUGAAGUAUUGUGGAUGAGUUAAAUAUCAAUAGUCUUGUGGUUUCUUUAAAGCUUUUUUCAUAAGGAAAAUACUGACUUUAUUUGUUGUUAUCUGAGAACUCCUGAGUGUGGAAGUGAAUGUUUAAAAUUCCCCCUCCUUUUGUUAAUGGAUUGGGAAUAGAGACAGGCUUUACAGAUUUACAGUUUAAAUUCAUGAAAAAAGUCCUUAUUUUUAAUAUUGUCAAUAGCUGAGGCAUGAUAAAGGAGAGAAACUGUAUUGAUAGUUAAAUACCGAAAUUUCAUUUUACCUUACUUAGUAAAGCUAUUUCCUUCAACAAAUUAUAGUUCAUGCUGUUAAUUUUAUUUCAGAUGUGUUGCUUUAUUUUUUCAAUUAAAAGUGGUUUUCUCCUA